ACUGAGCGUCUAGAGGUUUACGUACAAUUAGCGCAUCUGCUUUGCUCAGACGUCUAAAAACCCCAAACUGAACACAGCCAAACUUCAGCCACGUUGUUCACCGACUUUGCUUAACUGUGUGUCACUGUUUGUAUAUUUUGGUAGGCUAACUGGCUUUUGACUGUUAGCGAAGUGUUGCAGUUAGCUUCAGGCUAAACUCGGUGAGAAGAGAAGAUCUGAGGUGUUACAUCUGGAGCCCUGCUCAGAGGAUGGACAGUGAAAUCCAAAGAGACGGGAGAGUCCUGGACCUCACCGAUGACGCCUGGAGGGAAGACAGGCUGCCGUAUGAAGAUGUCACCAUCCCUUUGAGUGAAUUGCCUGAAGCUGAGCAGGACAACGGAGGCUCCACAGAGUCUGUGAAAGAACAAGAGAUGAAGUGGACAGACCUUGCCCUGCAGAGCCUGCAUGAAAACACACCGAGCACUGGAAGCUGAAAGGCUAAUCUGGGAUCAGACUGUAGGACAGAAACACACACAUAUGGACACUGGAUUCAGACACGUGCAGUUCAACAUCUUGUUGCAUUUUGUUGUAUUUAAGAAAUUUCCAGCUAAGCAGACAUAGUGCAAACAUUUAUUUUGCAUUGGUAUUGGGUUUAUAUUGUAAUCUUUGUAAACAUUAAUAUAAAAUAACAAUUUUGUGAUAACAUAAAUGAAAAAAGAGUUGCAUUCAGUUGUUCUGCCUCUUUUGCAUGUAAUGCUUUGGUUUUUUUUUUUUUUUUUAAAUUUGUGUCAAAUCCAGAGAGUGAGGACAGUGAACACUCACACAUAUAUGGUGUGUGCUCUUUGUAAAGUAGUCUUUGCUUAGUAAAAAAUGUGUCUGUCAGUGCUCCAUCACUCUUACCAAAAUGCAUAGAAACACUGGCCUCAUAUUAUGAAGUUGUCAUCAUGUUGGCAGUUCGAUGAAUACAGUCCUGGAUGACAAACAUCAUCAGACCAAAGUCCUUAAAAGUUCAACUAUUUUCUCACAGUUAUCUCAGACCCACAAAGUGUUCUAUAAUCUUGAUCAGUUACUUAUAACAGCUCAUUUGAGCUCAAAUAUCAAAGGAAUAGCACCUAAUAUGUAAAAUCUGCUCCCUGUCAUUUUUAUACAAGGUCUUGCAGAAGACUCUAACGUAUGCAGUGUGAAUUAUUUUGAUCAAAGGGAUGGUCGAAGCUAAUGACAUACUGGAAAAACAACCCUGCCAUAAAAACAACUUUCAUGAAGGUUAAACUGUUAUAUUGAGGUACUGG